ACAGCAAUCAACACGCUUUCUCCUGUCUAUUAGCUUUUUUCCUCGUCUACCUGUACAUAAUGACCAGAGCAACCGAAUCAUUCACCACGGCCGCAAUUAUCAUUGGCCUCUAUCUCGCCUUUGCCCUUCGCAUCAUUCCGCUUCCGCAAAAGUUCCAAGAUGACAUUAUACCGGUGCUACCGUGGUGGGCUCUUGUCAGCUUCGGCUCAUACUGCCUAGGAACUUUGGGCUGGAAUGUAAUGACCUUUGGAGAAUGCCCAGAAGCAUACGAUGAACUCAUGAGGGAAAUCUCUGAAGCAAAAGGUGACCUUAGAUCAAAAGGCAUGAAUAUCAAUUGAAACAAUUAAUACCCUUUGAUUCCAAACGCUAUCAUUGCUAAGGAUGUAUUUGCUAGAAUAAACACAAUGUCAAAAAGUCCAUUUUCACCAUCUAGAGAGUCAUCACUUACA